AUGGCACACCCUCAUGAUGUCCUGCUACAAGGAAAGCAUCUGCACACGUCCCUCGGUCUGUGGGGCCAUCUCUCUCGCAACGGUCUCUCACAAGCUCCGCCAUCGUCCAGCACUGCAAGCAGCGGGACCGCGUACGCGCCUCCAAUAGCACCCCUCGACAAAGCCGGUGCAUCGACCCGUAUUCUCUUACAUGACACCCAAGCGCACCUGGAGAAGUUCAUCGAACGAGUCACGCAGCUCGCGAGUGGGGUUGCGGACGCGAAGCGGGAGCUGGUUGUGGUGCAGAAGCUCUACCAGGAGGAUCAUGAGCAGCUAAUCGAGCGGAUGAUUGGGCUCGCCAACCGCUGUCAGACGGAGCUCCAGAAGACAAUAGGGAGUCCUGCGCAAUGCUUAGAGGUCCUUGAUGUCUCGAGAGACGUCGGGAGACUGACGAGCCGCUUGGAAGCAUUGGACAAGAAAAUGGAUAUACUCAACAUGGUU